AUGUCAGAGCUCUACGCCGUCGCAGGUAUUCCGCUUCUCUCCUCUGUUCUUUCUCCCAACCUCACUCCUCCAGACUUUUGUCUCAUCCCCAUAGGCACUGCCAACACCUCCGUCGCAGAAGAGGUCGCAGAAUGCCAGCGCGUCCUCGCUGCCUCUGGCCUCACAUACAAGCGGAUAUGGCACAAACCUCGGUUAGCAGUUUCUCGUUCUAUCUCUUACAUCUCGCUCACUGUCCCAGAGGGUCCUUGGUCAAAGGUCUCACAGGCAAUCCACGACUGCCAUGCCGCAGUGCACGCCAAAGGUGCUCUCCGCAUCGCCACAGACAUCCGCAUCGGCACCCGCAUCGACCGCGAUAUCACCCCAGGCCAGGGCAACGACGCCAAAGUCACCCGUGUCCAGUCCAUCCUCGCCCAAGACAAUUCUUCCUAG